AUGACAGAUAUGGGGUUUUCGGAUAAUUCCAAGGGAUUAAUACUGGCGAUGAGUUCUAGUGCAUUCAUCGGUUCGAGCUUCAUCUUGAAGAAGAAGGGUCUUAAGCGUGCUGCUGCACACGGUACUCGUGCAGGAGUUGGCGGUUAUACUUAUCUGCUAGAGCCGCUUUGGUGGGCUGGUAUGGUAACGAUGAUUAUUGGGGAAAUUGCAAAUUUUGUGGCUUAUAUCUAUGCUCCGGCGGUUCUGGUUACUCCCCUUGGUGCACUUAGUAUUAUAGUUAGCGCCGUUUUGUCCCACUUCUUGUUGAAGGAGCGGCUUCCGAAGAUGGGGGUGUUGGGAUGUGUAUCCUGCAUCGUGGGUUCAAUUGUUAUUGUCAUCCAUGCACCACAGGAGCAGACUCCAAGUUCUGUCCAAGAAAUAUGGGAUCUGGCCACUCAACCAGCAUUUCUGAUUUACGUGAUGGCAACAGUUUCUUUAGUUUUGGCCUUGAUCAUACACUUUGAACCCCGCUAUGGACAGAAUAAUAUGCUGGUUUACUUGGGAAUUUGUUCAUUAAUCGGCUCACUUACGGUUGUUAGCAUAAAAGCCAUUGGAAUUGCAAUAAAGCUUACACUUGAUGGAAUAAGCCAAAUAGCUUAUCCUCAGACUUGGUUUUUUCUUACCGUGGCAACAAUCUGUGUUAUUACACAGUUGAAUUACCUUAAUAGGGCUCUGGAUAGAUUCAAUGCGACAAUUGUUUCUCCUGUAUAUUAUGUAAUGUUCACAACUCUUACUAUAAUUGCCAGUGCAAUAAUGUUUAAGGAUUGGUCUGGUCAGGAUGUCAGCAGCAUAACCUCUGAGAUAUGCGGAUUCAUCACCGUUCUUUCGGGAACAAUCAUAUUGCACAUGAAUAGAGAACAGGAAGAAUCUAAUAUGCAAAAGACCUCGAGAUGGUUUAUUAGUGAGGAUUCGAUGAAGGGUGUGGAGGAUGAUCGCCUCAUCCUUAUAAACGAUUCAGAUUAUCUCGAACGUUGA